ACAACAGAAACAAGGUCCAUGUAGCUAUAAGAGAACCCUAAGCUCCCUCCCUCCGCUGCCAAAAAAUAAAGAAUACCUUCCCUCGUCGACCCUACCCUUCCCUUGCCUCCUUCGUCCCCCCCUUUUAGCACCAUGAAACGAAACAGAGCAGAGCUCACGGCCUCCAAAGCCCCCAAAACGCCCGCCAAAACCCAGCGCCGCUACAAGGAUCCGACCUCCAAGGGGACGGAGAGGACAAGGGCGGCGGCGCCAGAAAAGCCCCGCAAGGGCGACGGAGCCGAAAAGAGCUCCGCCGCGGCCACCACCGUGAACUCCUUUGUUCCCGCGGCGUCGGCGCCGGCGCCGGCGCCGGAGGUGGAGCAGGAGCGGCCUCUCGGAUGGGACGAGUUUGGGGGGUGGUGGUGGUGGGGUGCGGAGGAGGAGGUGCUUCUGGGCUGGUUCCCCUUUGUGGAGGAAGACUUCCUCUGCUCCGAGAACAGGGGAGGGUCGGGGCUUUUCUGGGAGGAGGAGGACCACGAUAUCUGGCAGCUCCAACACAUCCAGGAGAUCCCUAACCAAGCCAAAUGAAACGAGAAAGAUGGAGUUUUUGGAAGGAAAAGUGGGAGAAAUACCAAGAAUGACAGAGUUUUAGAGAGUAGGAGAAAACAUAGAAACAGAGGAUAAAGGCGGUAGUUUUCUUUCUUGUUCUUCUCUCCGUGGUUUUCUCUGUACAGAAGUAGAAGCUCCCGAGAAGAAUACCGUGAAAACUGUUUCAAUUUUAGUUCGAGUAUGUUUGUUUGCAUUGAUUCCUUGUGCUUUCGAAAGGCUUGAUGGGAAAGGCAAUACAUCAGUUCAGUUCUUUCUCUGCUCAUAUGCUGCUUUUUUUUUUUCCCUCUGUUCUUAUGGGCUUGUUCCUUCCGCUCUUCUUCUUAUUUUUUUUUGUUAAGAAAUGAGAAGCCAUUUAAUAGGAGGACUAAUUGCAAUGUGGCCUAAAAGGAGAUUCGCGCCAUCGAUUCCUCUGGUGUUGCGAAUGUUUAGUUCUGGUCUCUGAAGAAUACUUACAGGCAUGUGCAUGGCGGUAAUGCUGGAGGAGUUGCUGCGGAUGAUUGGUAUGGUUUAGUAAAUCCAAGUGUGCUGCUAAAGAAAUUUACUUCACUUUGCUCCUCUCCCAUCUCUCUCUCUCUCUCUCGAGUGGGUUAGGAUGGGUACAAGUCCGGUUAGGGAAGACAAGGUGAGCCGUGUUGUUAUACUGUUUCUCAUAUUAUUACUAAAUUUUAUCGAGUCGCAUUUGUCUCUCUUUGAUGAAUCUGAGGCCCUAGAGAAAUGCGAACUUGGAGCGAUAUUUAGCCAAA